GUAAUCCUGGCUUUAGUAUUUGAAGGAAAUACUGAAAUCAGCCACCAAAGAAUCUGUUUGCAAGCAUGCUGAAUUCAAGUCAGCGGACAGAAAUGAGUGACAAGAGUGAGAGUUGCAAUUUUACAGACAUUGACAUGUUGGCAUGGAAGGUGCAGCGGGGGAUCUCCAUCCCCACCUUCAUCCUUGGGCUGCUUCUCAACAGCCUGGCCCUGUGUGUGUUCUGCCGCUUUUGGAGAAAGCAGACCAAGACCUCUGUGUACAUGAUCAACCUGGCCCUGGCAGACGUCCUGCUGCUCCUCUCACUGCCCCCAAAGCUGCACUACUCUAUCACCAUGGUGCCUGGGCUGGUGUGCUCCUUCAUACAGGCUCCUUACUUUGUCAACACCUACACCAGCAUCUACAUCAUUGUCUGCAUCACUGUGGACAGGUACAUCUGCAUAAGGCACCCGUUUGAAGGUCGAGCUAACCAAUCCCCCAGGUGGGCUGUCUUGAUUUGCUGCUUCAUCUGGGCAGCAGCUUGGAUCUGCAGCAGCCCAAUAUAUGUGUUUCACAGGAGGGGAUCUAUUAAAUGCUUUCACAAUUUGUCAGACCAGACGUGGAGUGUCCCCUUCAUUGUUUCUGUGGAAAUAUUUGGGUUUCUAAUCCCACUUGUGAUGAUGGUUUUCUGCUCUUCUCAAACCAUCUGGAUUCUUUGGAAUCACAAAACUCGUGACAAAAAGAAUGUAGAAGAAAGUGGCUCAUUGCGAGUAAUUGUCAUCAACCUCGUGGUGUUCCUGGUGUGCUUCACCCCCGUCCACCUCGGGAUCUUCCUGCAGUGCCUGGUGAAGCAGCAUGUGAUCGUGGGCUGCAGGAUGAAGCAGAACAUCAGCUUCUUCCUCCAGGUGUCCAUGAUGUUCGCCAACCUCAACUGCUGCCUCGAUGCCAUCUUCUACUAUUUUGCUGCGAAGGAAUUCUGUAAGAGAACACACCUGAGGAGGGUCACUGAGGCGUGUUCUGUCUUUAAGCUCUGUGCCAUGCGAUGGGACUGCCAGCAGUGGGAGAAUGCCCCUUGCCAGGACACUGACACUGUUACGCCUGGCACGGCAGGGACGGUCCCAUAGGGAGAAGGACAAGGUUUUCCCAGCGAGUGCAAACCUGUUCUGUGUUUUAAUUCCCUUUAAAGAUGAAGGAGAAAAAAGUUAGAUUAGCCAGAUUAGCAUUAGCAAAGUGAUAGACUGACAACAAAAGAAGCAUUAGCCUUGACAUAUCUACAAAAUGUGAAAAGCUUGCCAGAGGAAAACUAACCAGAUCACAGGAAUGCCCUUUAACAUCAGUUUUUGUCAUAGCUGCGUAACUGCACCAGUUUUCCUUUUACAUAUGUGAUCAGAAAGGUGUUGCUAAGAGCAAAUAGAGAAAUAACUAUUCAUAACCUUUCUAACUUAGAAGGUAUCUUGGCAGUUAAAAAGCAGUACCCAGCCAGAAGUCUGACUCUGCAGAAGAUCACUGUUGGAGCUCCUCUACUUUGGCAGCUUGGGCAGCCUGGGACAGCAGUGACUCCUCCCUCCUGGAAGCAUCACAGACUGCUCAGGGCUGCUAUGAGGGACAGGAAUUCUUGCUCCUUCGUGGAGGACAUGGUGCCCAGAAUAGAAAUCCAAAGGACUACCUCAGGUACCAGCCAUUCCUGAGCAACAAACUUUCCUGAAUCAUCAUGGUUUUCUCCUGCAAUUUUAAAGUAUGGUUUGCCCAUGUAAAUCAAAAGAACCCAUUCAAAUAUGAGACUUAGAGAAAGACUGAAUGUGUUGAACUGUGUAUCUACAUCAGUGCAUUUCUAUCAAAGAUGUAACAUAACACAUGUAUGAGAUUUUUCUGCCUGUCUUCUCAUUCUUUCUUGGAGCAGGGGAAUUAAGGAAGCAAGCCCUGCAUCACAGAAGAUGAGGGAGUGAUCGAUAUUCUCCUCACUCCCAGCUAGAAGACUGGACCAGCUCUAUCCAGCUCAUUCUUUAGGGAUGUCCCUCUAGCCUGCACUGUACACUUCUCUGAACACCUCAGGAUUUGCCUAAGCCCUUCAGGUCAGCAUUUCUGGGCUGUCACCACCCUAAUGCCGUUUGCAGGUUUGGCUCUGACUCUAAUCUAAAGGCUUCUUUGUUGCAAUUUAAGCCAAGCAUUUCUUGAAUCCUUAUCUGCAUGGUUGGCGCUUGUAACCAGAAAAACUCUCACAAAAAGAAAUAAUUUUUGUUGCCUUUCUAAAACAGCUGUGAAAAUAGUCUGAGACUGCUGGUAGUCAAGUUUCUGGGGCAGGUAUUCCCUUUAUUCAAAAUGUGAGAAGAAAUUACCUUCUGUCUGUGGCAAAUUAAGAA